CUCCAUGCCCAUCUUCUCCAUGUAAGCACGAGACAGAGAAAACAAUCAUUAUUAACAGCUCUACUUCCAACGCCACCAGUUUCGUGCAACAACUCCGAAUCCUGAUUUCAUGUUCCUGUCUCUACAUUACUGGAAAAUAAAUUGAAUCAAGUUAAAAGCAACAGACUUCUUCUCCUUCCUUUUCUUCUUUACCCCAUUGUCUUGGCUUUAAAAUCAACUGGGCAGGAAUUUUUUGGAUGGGUUUUGAUCAUUAUCACUAGCUUCUUCCAUAGUUGCAGGGAUGAGUGCUACUCUGCUUCCUAAACACGUGGCAGCUGUUUUGAAGCAGCAAAAGGAUCCUCUCAAAGCCCUUGAAAUGUUCUACAAAGUUAAAAGAGAAGAUGGGUUCAAUCACAGUUUGUUAACUUACAAAUGCAUUAUCCAAAAACUUGGGUUUCACGGGAAUUUCGUGGCCAUGGAGAACAUUCUUGCGGAGAUGAGGAUGGACAUCGAUAAUAGUUUGCUCGAAGGAGUGUAUAUUGGAGCUAUGAAAAGUUAUGGAAGGAAAGGGAAGGUUCAAGAGGCUGUUGAUGUGUUUGAAAGAAUGGAUUUUUAUAACUGUGAGCCAUCUGUUUUAUCCUAUAAUGCCAUUAUGAAUAUAUUGGUGGAAUCUGGGUACUUCAAGCAAGCUCAUAAAGUGUUUUUGAGAAUGAAGAAUGCGGGGAUUGUUCCUGAUGUUUAUACAUUCACUAUUAGGAUCAAGUCGUUCUGUAGGACGAGAAGGCCUCAUUCUGCCUUAAGGCUUCUUAAUAACAUGGUUUCUCAAGUGUGUCAGCUUAAUGCAGUUGCCUAUUGUACUGUUGUUGCUGGGUUUUACGAAGAGAAUUAUCGAGUUGAGGCGUAUGAAUUGUUUAAUGAUAUGCUCAGGAUAGGCAUUUUCCCUGAUGUUUCUACUUUCAACAAGCUUUUACAUACUCUUUGUAAAAAGGGGGAGGUCCAAGAAAGUGAAAAACUUCUCAACAAGGUGCUGAAGAAGGGUAUGUGCUCAAAUUUGUUUACAUUUAAUAUUUUCAUCCAAGGGCUUUGCAGAAAGGGUAUGCUUAGUGGGGCUAUGAGUAUGUUGGAUAGUGUUAUCAGAGAAGGCCUAACUCCUGAUGUGGUCACGUAUAACACGUUAAUUUGUGGAUUGUGUAAAAACUAUAAUGUAGUAGAGGCUGAGAAGUAUCUGCACAGACUGGUGAAUGGUGGUUUAGAGCCCGAUGGUUUCACUUACAACACUAUAAUUGAUGGGUAUUGCAAAAUGGGUAUGAUACAAAAUGCUGAGAAGAUUCUUCAAGGGGCAAUUUGCAAGGGAUUUUUGCCUGAUGAGUUCACAUAUUGCUCCCUAAUUAACGGGUUAUGCCAGAAUGAUGAAAUUGACCGUGGCCUGGCUCUUUUCAAUGCAGCAUUGGGAAAAGGAUUGAAGCCUACUGUCAUCCUAUACAACAUGCUAAUUAAAGGGUUGUGUCAGGAAGGACUUAUCUUGCAAGCCUUGCAGAUGAUGAAUGAGAUGUCAGAAAAUAGCUGCAGCCCUGAUAUUUGGACUUAUAAUUUAGUUAUAAAUGGACUGUGCAAGAUGGGUUGUGUCUCCGAUGCCAAUAACCUGAUGAAUGAUGCUAUCGCCAAAGGAUAUGUACCUGAUGUUUUUACAUUUAAUACGUUGAUUGAUGGCUACUGUAAACAGUUGAAAAUGGAAACAACAAUUCAGAUUCUGAAUAAAAUGUGGAGCCAUGGUGUUGCUCCUGAUGUGAUCACAUAUAACUCUCUGUUGAAUGGCCUCUCCAAGGCUGUAAAGAAUGAAGAUUUGAUGGAAACUUUCAAAACGAUGGUAGAGAAAGGGUGUGUCCCUAACAAAAUCACAUACAAUAUACUCACUGAGAGCCUCUGUAAAGCUGGGAAAGUAAACGAGGCUUUGGAAUUGGUUGAUGAAAUACUAAACAAAGGCAUUACACCAGAUACUGUUAGUUUUGCUACAAUCAUCAGCGGGUUUGCCAAUAAUGGGGACCUAAAAGGAGCUUACCAUCUCUUUAGAAGAAUGGGAGAACAAUAUAAGGUCUCACAUACGACAGCAACGUAUAACAUAAUGAUCAAUGCUUUUGCUGAGAAGCUAGAUCUUCAUAUGGCAGAAAAGCUUUUUCUCGAGAUGGGUGCUGGAGGCUGUGCCCCAGACACGUACACUUAUCGUGUCAUGAUCGAUGGCUUUUGCAUAACAGGAAACACUGAUUCUGGAUACAAGUUUCUACUGGAAAUGAUUGAGAAAGGGUUCAUUCCAUCACUGACAACAUUUGGGCGAGUGAUAAAUUGCCUUUGCGUGCAGCACAGUGUUCACGAAGCAGUUGAUAUUAUCCAUCUUAUGGUGCACAAUGGUAUUGUCCCUGAGGCUGUGAAUACCAUAUCAGAGGCAGAUAAGAAGGUGGUUGCAGCGCCUAAAAUAGUUGUGGAAGAUUUGUUGAAGAGAAGUUGUAUAACUUACUAUGCUUAUGAACUUCUGUCUGAUGGUAUUAGAGAUAAAAAGAUCCAAAAGCAAAAACUUCCAAAUAGGCACUAACAUGGUGCAGGAAGGCAUUCAUGUAUGUUGACAGCAUUUCUUCACUGGAAGUGGAAAUGUGAAAGAAGUUAUUUCAACAACAACAAUGAAAAGGUUCUGCUGGCUCAACUUCUCUCUGCUUUGAAAAUGAAAAAAAUAUAUUUUGUAUCGUUACCUCCAUCCCAGCAAUGUAAUUUUAUCAUUAUUAUGCCGUUCUGAGGCAGGCUGGGCUAGUUGAAAAACUCAAACAAGGUUCUGGUUGGUUGUUUGUUGCCGGCUGGCAGCAUUAUAAUUUCUGAACUAUAGAAGGAUCUUCACCCUAAAACUAGACAGAGGCUGCCUUUCAGUCCUGAAAGCUGCAUGUACAGUAUUCGAUGAUAUGACACAGAUGAAAUUUUCAAUUUUUUAUUACAAUUUUCGAUUCCUUAACCAUGCACUGCAUGUGAGAGUCACUUUUCUUCCUUUCCCUUGCAGCCAAACAGAGCUGUGAAACCUAAUUUAUAGUAGAUUCAAGUUUUCUCAAAUCCUGGCUACUAUGGUUUCUCUCAAAAGCAGCCACCUAGGUUUGAGCAUCGGACUGUACUGGUGAAAGGGCAUGGUUGUGACCCUGAUAGUGCUAAUUGGAGGUGCUAAGGACAUGGGUAGAGGCCGUGGAAGAGGUGGUUCAAGUGGAAAGAUUGGGUGAAACAGAGCGUUUGCAUCAAAUUCCCAGGGAGCUUAAUUCGAACUAACGCCAAACAUUUUGCUUUCUGGUGACAGGUGCAAGGUGAUGGUACCCAGCUGGUUGGCCUAUUUUGCUUUUCGUGUGGGGGGCCUGGUUGCCCUUUUGAACCAGCUGCCUCCUCCUAGAAACCAGUUUCGAGCAGCAGCAUCCAGCAUGAGAUGUUCUGAUAAUUUGAACUUUCUUAGCAGAGAAUUAUUUCUGUUUCAAUUCCCAUGUAGGUUGCAAUGUCAGGGAAUUAUUAUCAGAAUUCAGAAACAUAUUGCUAUCUUAUCUAAUAUUUUCCCCUUUUUUGUGGGGGUGAAACGUUUUAGAUGCA